ACUUGCAUCAAUCGCAACAACACUCUACCACCACCACAACAACAAUGUCAACAAUAGUAAAGGAAGCUUCUCAAAGCUCAUACCCCCCCGUCAUUCCCAAGGACUUUAAUGGAAACCAGCCCAAGACGAUCCGUCUGUAUCCUUUGAGCAAUUAUACUUUCGGAACAAAAGAUGGCCAGCCAGAAGAGGACCCCUCAGUCCUUGCGCGGCUGAAGCGCCUCGAAGAGCACUACUCGGAACACGGCAUGCGACGAACUUGCGAAGGCAUAUUGGUCUGCCACGAGCACAACCAUCCCCAUAUUCUCAUGCUGCAGAUUGCAAACGCCUUCUUUAAACUUCCUGGCGAUUACCUCCGCGCUGAAGAUGACGAGAUUGAGGGUUUCAAGGCGAGGCUGAACGAACGCCUUGCACCGGUCGGCACGCAGUUCACAGGAGAGGGUGUCAACGAUGAAUGGGUGGUUGGAGACACACUGGCGCAGUGGUGGCGCCCCAACUUUGAGACCUUCAUGUACCCCUUCAUCCCUGCCCACGUUACCAGGCCGAAGGAGUGCAAGAAGCUCUACUUCAUCCAGCUUCCCCGCAGCAAGGUUCUCAGCGUCCCAAAGAAUAUGAAGCUCCUCGCCGUCCCCUUGUUCGAACUGUACGACAACACCGCUCGCUACGGACCCCAACUCUCAGCUAUUCCACACCUACUCUCCCGAUACAACUUCGAGUUUGUCGAUGAGCAGGGCAAUGUCGCAGCAUGCACACCUGGUGUAGGCCCGCCAGAGGGAUACCGUCCACAGACCAAGGUUCUGGCAGGUGGAGAUGGUGAAGACGUGAAGAUGGAGCAGAAUGGAGAUGGGACUGCUAGUGACAUCACGCUCUCGUAAAAGUCUGCCAGCGUCUUCUCAGCUCUCCCUUUCUUUCACACUUGUUUAUACCUGGUGUUAGGCGUUAUGAUAGCGCACAUGGUAGUACCAGAGUUUUCACAACAAUCAGACUCCGACGAAUGAGUUGAUAGUUUUCAAAGAUGGAAGAGGGGUUGCCUCUAACCGAAAAAGGUGGAGAGAAUGCAUUAUUUGGAUCGGGGUUCACUACUGAUGUGGACUUCAUCUUCAUUAAGUGAAUGAGAAAUGUAAAUGAUGAUCAAAAUGAGUUUGAAGACGUCAAACAAUGCG